AUGGAUAGUGAACUUCAGUAUUUGGAUUCUGAAGGUUUCGCGCCCAACGUUAUUCUAGUUGAUACAAAUAAAGAUAAGAAGCUUUCAAUGAUGAAGCAGCUAGCUCUCACAUUGGUAAAAGGACUGAGUUCAAGUCCAACUGCUAUGAUAAAAAAGAUUGCAGGACUGGUUUUCGAUUUUUAUAAAUCCCCAAUUUCGGAACCACAUAAUGCAAAAGGCAGCCUUGAGGAAGUCUGUCGCCAAUUGGAGAAUCAUGGAAUUCAAAUGUUGUGCCAAAUAAAGCAUGGUUCGUGCCAAUCCAGGGCAAUCUUGUUCAAGGUUCUGGCUGAUUCUGUAGGUAUAGAUAGUAAACUCGUGGUGGGUUUACCAAGGGAAGGAGUAAUGGACCGAACAGACUCAUAUAAGCACAUGUCUGUCACAGUGUUUCUGGAUUCUGUGGAAUUUCUGGUAGAUCUUGUACGUGUUCCUGGUAAACUGGCACCUUGUACAUCAGAAGCUAUCUUUUUCUCUCAUAUGAUUGCUUCCCGUGAAAGUGAAUCAGCUUUAAAUUCAUAUGAUUCACCUAUGGAACCAUGCAGUCCAAUUUGUGGCUACACAGGACAAGUAGACCUUGAAUGCACUGAACUUGAAGAAUUUCUUCAGCCCUCAUAUCGGAGUAAGCUGGAAGCAUCUACAAGUUUUUCUGGGCCUUCUAUGAGGGGUGUACUAGCACAAUCAAAGGCUAUAGCUGAGCGAAGCUUGUCACAUAGCGAUCCAAAUGUGACAAAUUCAUUUUGGUGGUUGAACCAGAAGAAUAUGAUUGUUGAACCGAAUACAGCAACUUCAAGUCCAGAUCCUUACUCCUUCCAAGGACCUGGGAGAUCCAUUCUUGGAGGUCGCAGAUAUUCUUUUAGAGACUACUGCAAUGAUGUGACAACAUCGAGGUCAGCUGGGGCAUCACCAACAGAAGCUCGUAGAAGAAGGCGGCAAUGUAUUAGUAUGGUUCCUGAGAUUGGUGAUGACAUUGUUAGGGCUGUUCGAGCAAUGAAUGAAGCACUAAAAAGGAAUCGCUUUCCAAAGGAGUAUCUAUAUGCAAGUAGUAGCUGUUCUAGAAGGGAAAAGGAUGAUAAUUCAGAUCUUGAAGAAACUGUCUCAAAAUUGCAUCCAGAUCAUCGUGGUGAAAGAGUGACGGGAUAUAAUUUUCAUGAGAAGCAAAUGAAUUCUGAGAAGGCAAUCUCGUUACCUUCAUCUCCUCGUUAUUUUACACAUCAUGCUUCUGGGAGGUGUGAGGCAAAAGAAAGCAUCAGAGGUCCUGAUAUGAUCUCAACAAUGAAUAAGAUGCUUGAAAUACCAAAGAUACUCAACAAGAAGCUGUUUCCGUUUGAAGAGUGGAAUAUUGAGUUUUCUGAAUUAACUAUUCAAACACGCAUUGGAAUUGGGUUCUUUGGGGAAGUUUUUCAUGGGAUUUGGAAUGGUAUACAGGUUGCAGUUAAAGUUUUUCUAGAACAAGAUUUAACUUUAGAGAACAUUGAAGACUUUUGUACUGAAAUAUCUAUCCUGAGCCGUGUUCGCCACCCAAAUGUUAUUCUAUUUCUUGGUGCUUGCACAAAGCCUCCACGCUUGUCUAUGGUUACUGAAUACAUGGAAAUGGGAUCUCUGUAUUAUCUCAUCCAUGUGAGCGGGCAAAAAAAGAAACUCAGUUGGCGAAGGAGACUGAAAAUGCUAUGUGAUAUAUGCAGGGGCCUAUUAUGCUUGCACCGGAUGAAGAUAGUACAUCGGGAUCUAAAAAGUGCAAACUGCCUUGUGAAUAAGCACUGGACAGUGAAAAUUUGUGAUUUUGGGCUUUCUCGGGUACUGAUGACCACCCCAAUGAAAGAUUAUUCAUCUGCUGGGACUCCAGAGUGGAUGGCUCCUGAGCUCAUACGAAACGAGCCCUUCACAGAAAAAUGUGACAUUUUUAGCUUUGGUGUGAUAAUAUGGGAGCUAUGCACACUCAACAAGCCAUGGCAUGGUGUUCCAUCUGUCCAAGUGGUUUAUGCUGUUGCAAAUGAUGGGAAGAGGCUGGAUGUUCCUGAUGGUCCCUUGGGCAAGCUUAUUUUAGAUUGUUGGGCUGAGCCAGAUGAACGGCCUAGCUGUCAGGAUAUUCUUUCGCACUUACUUGACUAUGAGUCCACAUUGUGCUAAUUGUUAUAUUUCCAUUUCUUUUUUGGAAAUCUCAAUGAAAUGGCAGGAUGUGCAUUUGCGAUACUGUGAAUCAGGUUAUUUCAGACUUUCGGUCCUACUCAGUUUUGAAGGUGUCAACAGCUCAAGCAAUCAAACUAUAUAUUCUGUGGAAAGUUUUGCAGAAGCCAAAAUAGACAACUGUCAUAGCAGAAAUUAGAUCUGAUACUUAUUUAUGCUUUUUGAAUUCAUUUUCUCUAAUGCUUAUGUUUAUGUGCUGUACAUGUUAAUAAGUUGUGUUCAGCUCUCCCUAUAUGGACCUUUUCUCUGUAUACUUUUGUUAUUCAGGUUUCAGUUGGUCCAGUUUUGGUUUUCCAGGAUGUUAUUGUCAAGGAAAUAUUUUGCUCAAAGUUUUGGUAGGCACUUGGGAAAGUCAUCC